UGUAGGCUAUGAGUGUGGGGGCGUUGCCAACAUUGGGGUUCUGCAGAUGCUUUGGUGAAGCGUUUCCGCGCUGUCUUGGUUUUCCGUUUCCAUCUUCUAUAUUCCAUCAAGUCUCCACUCCCAUUUCAGAGCUGAGCAUUUUACGCUCUCUGUCUUUCAAGCUGCAGGAGAGUCGAUCGUAGAACUUGAAGUAGCCUAGAGACGAUGGGGGACAUCGAGGCUCCUGCUGCCGGGGCGACCGAGGCUCGACCGAAUGUCCUUCUGUCAAUCCUGCCGACGAAAGAGUUUGCUCUCUCUCGUAAGGGAUUGCUACUUAUUGCAGAAGUGCUCCUGUGUUUCCUGGCAUUUGUGUGUUUCGUGGCGUCCACGGCGGCCUCCUUUGUCACGGCUCCGCUCCUGGAGUUCCUGACAGCUCUCUUCCUGCUCUUUGCCUACUCCACCAAGCUCAACCAGCGCUUCACCAGCUUCCACUGGCCGCUCAUGGACUUCCUGAGGUGUGUAAGUGCCUCAAUCAUCUUCUUCGUCAUCUCAAUCAUCUCCGUGUCCAAAUACUCAGACGGAGCCUCUAAAGCCGCUGGGGUGUUUGGGUUCAUAGCCACUAUUGUGUUUGCUUUUGAUUUCUACAUAAUCUUCAAUGACCUGGCAGACUUCUUGAGGCGGGGGGGCCAGCCCAGCGAGGGGCAGCCCGGACACACAGCCCACCCUCGAGAUGAUUCCUCAGACGAUGACUCGGACUGAGCAGGUGGUCUUCUCGAUCGCCCACCGGCAGAGAGAAAGAGAGAGAGAGAGAGAGAGAGACAGCAAGAGAGAGAGAGUGAUGCACCUCUGAAGUAUUCCACUGUGAUAUAAUUAUUACAGCAGGGGGCACACAAGAGCAGUUAUCAGAUAAAAAAAAGUCUUCACUACAAAUAUACAUAUUUUUGAAUACCAAAUAUAAGAAAAUAGAAGCAACCGAUUAUUGUUGCGAUAUUUAAACUCAUUGAUAACCAUUUUCAUAAACACAAAUGCAAAGAGCAAACCAAUCCUGGUUGGCACUGUUGGGUCUUGGGCGGAAGUCUAAAGCUGUGAAAACAUCUUGCAGUUCUGAAACAGUUACAAGAAACAAAAUUGGUUGGUACAUUCGAAUACUGAUUUAGUAUUACUUCUUACGUACUAUGUAUCGGUUGUCCACUAUCUGUAUGCGUUUGUGCUUGUUCAAACAAAAGGGACAUCUUAGACCAGCUGUGUGUACGUUUAUGUGUGUAUUAUCCUACACAACAGCAUCUGUGUAGAAAGCCAAUUUUCCAACACUAACCAGGAUACAUUCCACAUCCAACGUCACAUCCAGUUUGUUUACUGUAAACAGGAGGACAGCAGGCUGUCUGGUUACAACUUCUGUGUUCAUCAGCGAAAGAUGAACAAGCGGAUGAAUAGAAAUCCAAGUUUCGAGUUAAACAGAUAAGCAGGCUAUUUCUAUCUGAUCUGUUUCUUGAAGUGUUUUAAUAAGAGGAAGGACUGCAGUCCACUGCGUGUUGAAACCACUUGCUGCAUUAUUAUGUGUUGUGUGUCAAAGACACGUGUAUGAAAUUGUAAUUGACAUGCAUCUGCUUUAUGUGUCAUGUGUCUCUUCGGCCUAUAAGUAUGUUAGUUACUGGAUAUGUCACUUGAAUGUCCCUGUCCCUGCCCUGUGUGUGUAUUUCAGAUGUGUUUUGUACUGUGUAUUCUGUCUUCAGUGGAUUGAACGGUCGUGUGUGUGGGUGUCGUAGCUCUAUAGAGCACCACUGAACGCUUUCAAUGAAAAUAGUUUGUUCUA